AUGACGAGCACUAUCGGCAUCCCAAUCAAGCUCCUCAACGAGGCAGCAGGUCACAUUGUCACACUUGAAAUCACAUCUGGCGAAGUCUACCGCGGCAAGCUGAUUGAAGCCGAGGACAACAUGAACGUACAGCUGAAAGACAUCACUGUAACCGCCCGCGACGGCCGCGUCUCACAUCUCGAACAAGUAUACAUUCGAGGAAGCCAUGUGCGAUACUUCAUCGUUCCAGACAUGUUGAGGAACGCACCCAUGUUCCGAUCGAGAGGCACAAGGGGCCGCGGUGUCGGUCUUGCGCGUGGAAGGGCCACAGUCAACAGGGCCAGGGCCAGCACUCGCGGCGGUGGUCGCUGA